AUGAUGGAGAGCGGCACCGUUUCCACAGUACGAGACGACACGUCAUCCGAGGUAUUUAAAGUCGCAAUUAAAGUUCCACCAUUUUGGCCAGAAGAGCCAGAGAUAUGGUUUGCUCAAGUCGAGGGCCAAUUUGCUAUUUCAAAAAUUACCAGUGAUCUAACAAAAUUUAAUUAUGUAAUCGGACAACUCGACAAUCAGUUUUCUAAAGAAGUUAAAGACAUUAUUAUCAGUCCGCCAGCAGAGGGGAAGUAUGAAAAGCUGAAAUUGGAGUUGGUUAAGCGCCUCAGUGCAUCCAAAGAGAAGAAGGUGAAACAAUUGCUAAUGCAUGAGGAGCUAGGCGACCGCAAGCCUUCGCAAUUUUUAAGGCAUUUGCAGAGCUUAGCCGGACCAAAGGUACCAGAUGAAUUUCUUCAAACAAUUUGGACCAGCCGUCUUCCUGCUCAUAUUCAGACCAUCCUUGUGGCACAACCUAAUGCAGAUUUAGAUGUGUUAGCGGAUCUAGCAGAUAGAAUUAUGGAUCUCGCACCACGUUCACCUCAAGUUGAAGCGACAGCUCGUGAUGAUGCAGCUGCAGGACCAAGUCCUAGCAAUCACAUGGCGAAUGAAAUAGCGGAGCUGCGCAAGCAAGUAAAGUCACUUACCAUGCAACUAAAUCGUCGCCAGCGCUCCAGAUCUAGGAAGCCUCAACGUAGCCGAUCAGCAUCAAAGUCUCAUUCUAAUUAUAAGAAAUUUCCCGUUUGUUGGUAUCACCAUAAGUUUGGCAGUAGAGCAAUUGUAUCAAGCCAUGCGAUUACAAUCAGGAAAACUAACAAGGCAAUCGAUAGCGGCGACCAGCGAUUGCCCAACCUCCUGUAG